CAUAACCAAAUUGACCUAAAUAGUUCUCUGCUAACUUGUUAUAAACAUUCAACAACACUAGAAAAGCCCAACAUAGCUAGGGACUACAAAAUUGUAAGAACUAUGAAGGUCUUAGCUGAUUUUCUGUCCUGUUAUAGUGGUUCUGUUAGUGAUAAUAGUCCCAAAAUCGAGUCAUGUUCUCUUGUUCAAGUGACAUGCCUAGAGGAAAACAUUACCAGGGGUCGCAAAUUAGCUCGUAGAAAUUCAUCAUCAAAGGGAUUGUGGCAGCCAUCGCUAUACACCAUAUCGGAAAAUGAAACCAUCAAAGCACAAGAACGGAUCAAAGCGGCCAGGACCAAGAAGAUGAAAACUUAUAGACCAAAACCCAAUUCUCAACCUUGUGUUUAUUACAAUGAUCUGAGGGUACAAGCUCAGUUUCAGACAAGUAUUAUGGCACUAUCGGCAGCAACCUUCUUGUUUUGAUUGCCUUUUCUAGUUACUCUUUUCAUAUCUUUUGAAAAGUUCGCGUGCUUGUGGGGAACCACAUUAGUCACGAUACUACAUGUCUUCAAUGAAUGUAAUAUAUUGCAUUGUCCUUCAGUUUAUAGAAGCAGCCAGAGAGCAAUUAUUAUUAUUA